AUGGAGACCUUUUCUUCGGUUCCCACAGUGGACUUUGCCCGACUGAAUGACCCAGCAACGAAAACAGAGGAACUGGCACGGCUGCGUGAUGCAAUCUUCGUGGUGGGCUUUUUGUAUCUGACCAACACGGGGAUAGAAAAUGACAUCCGCCGCACCCAUGAUUACCUGCCACAACUCUUUGCGUUACCAACGGAGGUGAAAGAGAAAUGCAACAUGAUUCACUCUCCAUCCUUCCUCGGGUAUACUCGGCUUGGUGCCGAGACUACGGCCUCGAAGACUGAUCUUCGCGAGCAAUUUGACUUUGGCACGCCCGGUAUGAAGACCUGGGUGGAAGAGGAUCCAUUCUGGCAAAGGCUAGAAGGGCCAAACCAGUACCCGGAUCAUCCUGGUGCACGGAGUCUGGUGGAAGAAUAUAUCGCCAAAAUCGACGAAUUGGCACAGGCCUUUGUACACUUGGUGGCUGAAUGUCUAUCCCUCCCACUGGAAACAUUCGAUGCCUUCAAAGGCAACAUGAGUCGACUCAAAUUUGUCAAAUACCCACCGUCCGCACCCAACUCUCAAGGUGUUGGUCCCCACAAGGAUUCAGCUGGUCUGUUUACCUUUCUCUCUCAAGACGACACAGGGGGCUUGCAGGUUCUCAACAAAAGUGGAGAGUGGAUCGAUGCCCCGCCUGUAGAGGGAAGCUUGGUGAUCAAUAUCCAACAAGGGUUUGAGGCGAUUACUGGUGGCAUCUGUGCAGCUACCACCCACCGAGUCAUUGCCCCAACAUCUCGAACUCGAUAUAGUAUCCCAUUUUUUCUGGGGGUGCGAUUGGAUUUAACACUCGAACAAUUAAAGGAAUCCGCGGCCCACAUUGUGCGUUGCAUUCCAGUCUCGGAUGAUAAGAAGAAACGAGCGGUGGAUGUUCCGAGCGAGUUCCUAUCUCCCUUGUAUUCCUGCUUCGGUGAGGCGCACCUCAGAAAUCGCAUCCUCAGCCAUCCGGAUGUAGGGCAACGAUGGUACCCAGAGCUGUAUGCGAAAUACUCCCAGCAAAAUUUAACAUAG